AUGCAAAGGCCCUUUCUUCUCAAAAUUGCUAAAUGUUUCAGAUCAGUAUCAACUGAUGCCCUCAAUGUUCUCACCGGUAUUCCUCCUCUCCACAUCCAUUUGAAAUACACCGCUAUCACUUUCAAAACUAAAAGACUCCGCAUCAACUCAGUUUUGAACGACCAUACCAUUCAAGCUGAUGAUUACGAUUUAACUUCAAGGAAUCAACAUAACUACAACAGCAAUCUUCACCAAUUUAUUCUUCCACUCACUAUCACUGAAUCAAAUGAUGAUUCUACUAUUAAUGUUUAUACGGAUGGUUCCAAGACAGAUGCAGGUACAGCAUGCGCUUUCAUCGCUAUGAAGGAAAUGGACAUUAUAUUUUCAAGUUCUAAGACCCUUCGUCCAAACAACUCUGUUUUUCAGGCCGAAAUCCAAGCCAUACAUCUCGCCAUCGAUUGGAUUCAUGAUCAUUUCUCUAUGGAUCACUUUACUAGCAAUAAAUUCCACAUCAGGUCCGAUAGCUUAUCGGUCAUCAAAGCCCUCCUCAACUAUGAACCCAAGUCAAUGCUCAUUUUUCAACUCCAGUCUAAAUUAAUUAAUCUCCGUCAUAUUGUCACUAUCUCCUGGAUAAAAGGCCACUCCAACAAUAAUGGAAACGACUUUGCCGACCAACUCGCUAAAGAUGCCACUAACUCAGCCACUGACCUCAUUACUCCCUUCCCAAUGAGUCAACUCAAAAAAGACAUCAAUCAAUUUCUCCUCAAAGACUGGCAAUCAUACUGGGACCAUUCAUCUAAUGGUCGCUGGACGUAUGAUUUUUUCAACACUGUCUCUUUGUCUCGACUCCAAAGUUCUCCCUUAAACCAAUUCACCACUAACCAUGGGCUUACCCAUUCUUACCUCCACGCAAGAAACCUCCUUGAAUCUCCCUACUGCAUUUGUGGGGAACUUGGAGACUUUGAGCACUUCUUCUUCCACUGCAGAUUUACCUCGAAUUUCCAUGUUGUGAUUUCAAGUAAUUUAAGAGCGCAAUGGAAGCGUUUCAUCUUCAUCGAUAAAGAGGCCUACAGGAAAGCUCUUUCGCUUAUUAACUUUCUUUUCCAAAAUAAGCAACUUCUUUUUCCCGCCUUAUCAUAG